UUGAGUUUAGUUUGAGUUCUAGAAGAUACCAAGUGUUUCACACAUUGAAACAUGGAUUAUGAAUGUGAUUGUUCAGACCACAGUUCCGGACAGUCAAACGCCAUCCUCUUCAACAUUCUCAGCCGAGGCGAGCCCACUCAAAACGAGCCGAACUACAACCGGGUUCCUCACACGUGCAACUGCGAGAAACGUAGGAAAGUUUGUCUGAAGACCCCCAACGAGACGUGUCAGGAGGCUUCAGGUGUUCUCAUCAAAACGAUGCACUUCAUGAGGAGUUUGCCAGCGUUCCAACAACUCCCCCCCAAAGACCAGCUGUCCCUGCUGCAGAACUGCUGGGCUCCACUUUUCAUUCUGGGUCUGGCCCAGGACAGAAUCUGCUUUGAUAUCGACGACACUCCAGCGCCCAGCAUGCUGGAAAGAAUUCUUCUCAAUGACCAAGACACGUCGAACUCAGAGCGAGAGCAACCCACGCUUGCUGGAGUCCAAACCCUGAAAUCGUGCCUCAAGAAGUUCUGGAGUCUGGAUUUAAGCCCAAAGGAGUACGCUUAUCUGAAAGGCACCAUCAUAUUCAAUCCUGAUGUGCCAGGCCUGAAGGCAGCUGUGUUCGUUGAAGGUCUGCAAUAUGAAGCUCAACAUGCCCUGAAGGAGGUUCUGGUUCCUCUUCCUUCAGAGGACAGAGGGCGAUUUGCUCACAUCCUCCUCACUGCAUCCACUUUAAAGUCCAUCACUCCUAGCCUCAUCACAGAACUGUUCUUUCGGCCGGUCAUUGGUCAAGUGGAUUUUCUGGACUUGUUGGCUGACAUGCUUUUCAGCAGGUAGUGACCCUGGAACUCAUGGACCACUUGACUUUGGACUUUUGAUUAAAUAUUCUUUUCUCCAGUGUUUGUGGAAAAACUGAUGUAAGAUCAGUGCCUAAAAUAUUCGAAGAGUCACAGACUUAAACACAUUCUGAUUGUUUACACCUUGAAAUUACUGCACCUUUGUAACAUGCUAUUUAGGUCACAGGAAAUUGAUUUAUUUCGUAUUAUUUUUGCCUUUUGUCAGAAACAUGGUUGCUUUUUGUACGAUAAUUGAUUUGUAUAAAUGUUUUUCUUGUUGUAAGAAAAAGAACUCUCUUGAAAAUAUCUCCACACCUAAAGGGGGUUCAUGUAUCGUCUCUGUGAGAAACCUGUUUGAGUAAUCCGCGUUUGAGGACAAGAUUUGUAUGUUAUG